UGCGCCAUAUGGGUGCGAACUUCUACAGACAGUUUAAAGACAAAGAGUUAAUGAAGCUCUUCAAGAAGUUGUGCAGUCAGAACCAACAACGUAAGUUCAAUGCAUUAUGGGCAAGACUUGAUGAACUGACUCUUAAACAAACUGCGGAGGCCGCACCUAACCGUGAGGAACCAAUAGCUCUCGAUCGGCUCCCAACCGAUACUCCGCAGAUUGUACGGAGAUCUGGCUCAUCUAUUAGGAGCUUUUCACAGUGGAUACGCAAUGAGCCCAAUGAAAAAUGGGCUCUGCUGUACGACAGUGGUGGUGCCAGGUAUGGAGUAAUGACUACAAACCUUGCAGAGGUUUAUAACUGGGUCAUGCGAGGAAUGAGGUCCCUACCACUAGUUGGAAUUGUAGAAGGCAUUUUGCAUGGCACCUGCAAGUACUUCAUUGAUCGGUUUGCAGCUGCUAAGGUUGUAAUGGAGGACAAUCGUAUGCUUUAUGGCCGGAUGCUAUGUGAGUACAUGGAGAAGGCAAAUAGGAAGGCCCACAUGCAUCGCGCAAAUCAAGAGGGCACAGCAGAGCACAGGUUCAGUGUCCUGUGUCGGGAUAAGGGUCGGAGGGGGGGUAGACGUGAGCGGCAUGUUCAAGAGUGUGUGCUAAGGAGUGGGACAUGCAUAUGUAGUUGUCAGAAGCCACAAUUACUCCACAAACCUUGUACACAUGUCAUAGCUGCGUGCGCGGAGCACCAUAUGCUUCCAAGGCAAUAUGUGUCACAAUAUUUCAUGAAAGAUCAAGUACUGAACACCUGGAACAAGGAGCUGUAUGGUUACGGCAUUGUUGACACUUUUACAAGUAACCCAGGGCCUUCAAGAAUAUAUGUGCCUGAUUUGGGAAAGAUGAAGAACGCACCGGGCCGAAGACAAUCUCGGCGGAUUCGUAACGAUAUGGAUGAAUCCGAGGCUGGCCCUAGGAUGCAGCGAUGCAGUCAGUGCAAUGAAGUAGGUCACACUUACAAAUAUUGUCCCAAAAGUGCAGGCGGUGAUGCACCUGUUGUCUAGAGAUGGCUCAGCCUUCGACCCCAGAGCUUUUGGACCCUGCCGUGGACAAGAAGCAUCGCAGCUUCUUAUCCGCCGAGCACCAGACGGACCUAGGAGUGUUUCGCCCAC